AUGAUUGUGAGGAAAAGCCUGGGGAGGGUAAAGUCAGUACUUAUGCUGCUUAUGGUGUUGGGAUUUUUCUUUGCGACUUAUAAUUUGGUUUCGAUGAUAGUAGGACAUAAAGUAGGGAGUGAUCUGGGUUCUAUUGUUGAUGGAAAAGUGGAGUUUAUGAAUACGAAAUCAAAAUUUCAUGUUGCUGUUACUGCAACCGAUGCUGCUUACAGUCAAUGGCAAUGUAGGAUUAUGUAUUAUUGGUAUAAGAAGGCGAAGGUUAUGCCUGGAUCGGCUAUGGGAAAGUUUACCCGAAUUCUGCAUUCAGGAAAGGGAGAUCAGUUGAUGAAUGAGAUUCCUACUUUUGUUGUUGAUCCUCUUCCUGAUGGGUUGGAUAGGGGUUAUAUAGUCCUAAAUAGACCAUGGGCGUUUGUUCAAUGGCUGGAGAAAGCGGUUAUCGAUGAAGAAUAUAUUCUGAUGGCAGAACCUGACCACAUAUUUGUUAAUCCUUUGCCUAAUUUGGCUUCAGAAAACGAACCAGCAGGGUAUCCAUUUUUCUAUAUAAAACCAGCUGAAAAUGAGAAAAUUAUGAGAAAAUUCUAUCCCAAGGAAAAAGGUCCUGUUACUGAUGUUGAUCCCAUUGGCAAUUCCCCCGUAAUAAUCCACAAGUAUUUGUUGGAGGAAAUAGCUCCCACCUGGGUGAACGUUUCGUUGAGAAUGAAAGAUGAUCCUGAGACAGAUAAAGCUUUCGGAUGGGUGCUUGAAAUGUAUGCUUAUGCUGUGGCGUCUGCGUUGCAUGGUAUAAAGCACACUCUGCGGAAAGACUUUAUGCUGCAGCCGCCAUGGGACUUAGAGGUAGGGAAGACGUUUAUCAUACAUUAUACAUAUGGGUGUGACUACGAUUUGAAGGGGAAACUCACAUACGGGAAGAUUGGAGAAUGGCGUUUUGACAAGAGAUCAUAUCUGAUGGGUCCUCCUCCUAAAAACAUUUCCUUACCACCACCCGGAGUUCCCGAAAGUGUGGUGAGGCUAGUAAAGAUGGUGAAUGAGGCUACUGCAAACAUACCUAAUUGGGAUUCAUUAAAUAGAAGCUAA